UUUACUAGUGGCUGUGAUGCUCGCCGGCAUAUGCGACGCAUCGCCGACGGGGACAGCACGUAUGACGGUCUCUAAGAUGAGAAUGGCCGAUCUCGAAACCUCCGCCAGCGGAUACGCAUACGAUCAACGAGCGGGCCUUCCGGUCUCAUACGUGCGCUACACCAAUCACGGAAGCGGACGUUACUACCAUGCACCGACGCCGGUGCAUUACGUCGUCGGCAGUUCUGCACCUGUUGCAUCCGCAGUUUCUGAAACUGCGUCGCCGCACGAAUCCGCUCUGCUUGCGACUAGGAGGCACGAAAUUGCGCCAUACGCACUGCGCCAGAUGUCCGCGCGCGACGGACACAUUAAUUAUGGCGCGGACCAAUUAACGAAAUACGCGCGACCGCUUGAGCUGGCCGCUCUCGCACCUUAUUACACACCGAAUGCAUUUGCUUCGAGAGAAACAAAGAAAAAUGUUGACAAGAGAAAUGACAAAGAAGACGGAGACAGUGAGGAUAUUUACGAGAAUAACGACGAUGAUGCCGAUAACAUUGAAGAGGAUAAAGAUAACGUGACUGAAAAUCGUAAAAAGGCACAUUUUAUGGCACCUCAGCCUGCUCACGCUCUCGCGGAUACCGGUCGAAACGUCGAAGUUACAUCCGGACUCGGUGAAAAGUAUCUGACUGCGCAGAACUCCGCGCAUGGAGAAAAAGGCGAUAAAGGCUACAAGAAACAAGUGGAAUUUGACGUGGGUGAACAGAAGCAGUAUGAUAAAGGAGGACAGAAAGAAUCUUACGAUGUCGAGUCUGAGAAGAAAAAAGGACACAGCGGUGUGGCCGGAAAUUAUGGACGCUACGAUGAGACUACGAGGGGUGAGAAAGGUAGCAGCUACGGAGAAACGUCGUAUCACAAAAAGGGAGAAAAAACCAGAGGUUUUCAUAAAGUCUAUCACAAGGAUGAAUAUAAAAAACAAACUGAUUUCUACGACGAGAGCCAUAAGAAAGGUUAUUUCGACAAGCACGCCUCCGCUGACGAACAUCAUACUGCCGCCGAGGGUAAUUUCAAGAAUGGAGAAAAUCAUGAGUCCGGGUUCGAUUAUAAAAAUAUUGGGAAGAAAGGUUUUCGCGACAAAGGGCACGCAGAUAGUCACGAUCAGGCUUAUAACAAAGAAAAAGGUGAAGAUUCUUUUCAUAAGAAUUAUGAAAAUUAUGACUCUAGAGAAGACGCGCUGUCAACAAAGAAGCACGGAUAUGAAAAAGUUAAUUGACAUUACUAAAUACCA